AUGAAGCUGCAGGCGGUGAUGGAGACGCUUCAGCGCCAGCAGCGGGCGCGGCUGCAGCAGGAACUGGAAGCAAGGCAGCUUCAGCAGGAUUCGGUGGGUGCUCCACCAGAUAGGGGUUAUCCUACUAAUGGUACUGAAGAUGCUGAACCAGAGACCUUAAAAAUGCAGCGGGCACAGGCAGCAGCUCUUGCCGCCAUGAGGGCUGCAGCUGCUGGCCUAAGUCAACAGCCAAGUCCAGCAGCUUCAGAUGAAGAUGACGACGAUGGGGACAGCAUGGCAUCAGAGGAUGAAAGAGAGAGGGAUAGGGAAAAUGAGCAAUACCAGGACAUGGGCUCAGAGGAGGAUGAACUGAAGGGGAAAUGGGAUGAAGAUGAUUUUGAGGAGGAAGAUGAUUAUGAUGAUAUGGAGGAGGGACUUGACGUGGGUGAAACUGGCAGGCCGGUUAAAGGGGCAAGCUUGCCACCUAAGCACCCUGCUCAACAGACCUUACCAUCUCGCCCAUCCGGUGGAGUAGAACGUCCAGGACUGCCACAAAAUGCACAUCCUCCAGUUCAGGACCAUGGGGAUUGGACGUAUGAAGAGCAGUUCAAACAGCUUUAUGAACUGGACGGUGACCCAAAAAGGAAAGAGUUUCUGGAUGACUUAUUCAGUUUCAUGCAAAAGCGAGGGACACCUGUGAACAGAAUUCCGAUAAUGGCCAAGCAGGUCUUAGACUUGUACAUGUUGUAUGUCUUGGUGACUGAGAAGGGAGGGCUAGUAGAAGUAAUCAAUAAGAAGCUCUGGCGAGAGAUCACCAAAGGCCUAAAUCUGCCAACAUCAAUCACCAGUGCCGCCUUUACUCUGCGCACUCAAUACAUGAAGUAUUUAUAUCCCUAUGAAUGUGAGAAGAGAGGCCUUAGCAAUCCUAAUGAACUGCAGGCCGCUAUAGACAGUAACCGCCGAGAAGGGCGCAGACAGAGCUUUGGGGGCUCCCUCUUUACAUAUUCCCCUAGUGGAGCUCCAAAUAUGCUUUCUUCACCAAAGAUUCAGAUGCCUGCCAUGGGGCUAGGAGGAGCGGUCACAAAUGGAAGCCCUUUAACCACCAUGCAGAAGAUAAAGAAGGAAGAGGACUCCCCUUUGUCCUUGACUGUGCCAUCACGGAUACCAGUCACAUUGGCAGGGCACUCUAUGGUGGCAGCUCAAGUGGCUGCUCAGGCAGCUGCUCUGGAACAGCUCAGAGAAAAGCUAGAGUCUGGGGAGCCCCCUGAGAAAAAGUUGACAUUGGGAACUGACGAGCAGCAGCGCUUGGUGCAGCGAGCAAUCCAGCAAAACCUCUUGGCAAUGACCACACAGUUUCCCAUGAACAUCCGCAUUAACAGCCAAGCUGAAGGUAGACAGGACUCUGCUGUUAACCUUACUACCAAUGGCACUAACAGUAUUAGCAUGUCGGUGGAACUGAACGGUAUCGUAUACACUGGGGUCUUGUUUGCUCAACCUCCUACCUCAACAUCUGGAAUCGGCAAAGGAAAUGUUACCAGGACAGCAAGUGUGGGAGGGACCAGUAGCACAUCAGUGGCUCCAUCUUCGACUCCCCAUGUUACCGGUUCUAACAGCUCUUCACCCUGACAUUUCCGCCAAAUCCAGUACAGCUGAAGCCAAAAAAAAAAAAAAAUCACUCUGUUUCACACUCAGGUUUAUUACUCCUUGUCUGUGGGAACCUCCGGAAUGCAUUGAUGGGUUCAG